CCGAAUAGGAAAAUCGCAUGUUUUGAACUCGCCCGGGGUUCUGCGUUGGAGUGGCUUCGUCGACCAGAAAUUGAAACCAAAGCACCCCACUCUACCCCGCUCCGAUCGGGACUCAUCAGACAACCCGACACACGGGCCUGUGUCAAAUCAGCAGUUGGCAUCGAUUUUGAUGGUUUUGCAGUGACGUGACGAGGCACCGCUGACCAGUGUUCACCGAGUGUCUCGGUGACUCUUCUCUCAACGCGUGGUGCACCCACGACCAGUACGAACCCACCCCACUGGCAAAUGCUAAUGCACGAGCAGCGAUUGUUUCCAGGUUUUGGCAUAAAUCUUACUCAUGGCGACGACACUCAUCCGACUCUCGCUGCGGUCGCCUCCACGUCAGCACCAUCCCUCCGACACCGUUCUUCCACCCUCAAACCACCCAAGAAACCCCCCCCUCGUCUGAAUCUGCAUCCUUCACCAUUUACUGCUGCAUCUAAUGGCUCACCGAUCCCCCGUCCAUCGUCACAUCUUUCCCGAGCAAAGCCACCCACGCAUCCCUCAGCCCCACCUGCGACCAGUCACACUACAGCCACAGCUCGUCCACCUAGCUCGGGUCCAGCUCCGCCGCUUGUAUCUACACCAAGCCAGUUGACUGGAAUACGCGCCCACUUUGCGCAACUCUUGCCAAGACAUGCUGUCUUCCUGGUCCGACUCACGAUUCAUCAGCUGAAUAACGUUCCACUCGUCCGCGGUGAGUUUGGGGUGAGGUGGAAGGUUAAAGGAGUCACGAAUGGUGGGAUCCUUGGAAAGGUAAAGGGGAAAGCAAAAGGAAAGGGCAAGGUGGGAAACGCCAAGGGAAAUACAACACCAACUACUACUCUCAUCUUUCAAGAUGCACACGAAGGAAAGGAAAGAACAAAAGAAAGUGAUAGGGACAGUGGCAGUCUUCUUGAUCACUCCGCCUCCGUGUCAGACACACACAGUAUUGCUGCAAGCAGUUCAACACACUCUCACUCGUAUGACUACGGUUUGCCAGCGAGCUUGCCCCGGUCGCGGUCCAUCGGUCGGAGCCAUGCCCCCACAAUUCCACACAACAUCCCUGCGCUCGUCGUUUCUUCAAACAGCUCUCACGCGCCAUCACCCCCAGUUAGCCGCAGUGUCAGUGGCACGUCAAUAACCAGCACACCCUCAUCUACCCAUUCAAAGUUGCAUACACCCGCGCACUACCUCUCCGCAGAAUGGCUUCCCCAGUCACAGACGUACUCCCCCCUGUUUGCUAAUCCAAUGCAUGAAGAACCUGCCCCGUCGCUGGCGGAUACUCCUCCGGCAGACGGAUACACACCCGCAAAGGGACACACGCCAUUCGUCCAACUGAGGGAUCACAAUGUGGUCUGGGAGCAGACCCUGGAUUUCGUGGUCCAAAUGAACGUUGGUAAAGAGUCCGGGGAGCUGGGCGACUGCCCAGCUAAACUAGUGGUUAUGCAGCGUGUUAUAUCUGGCGAUGCGGAUGCACCGCGAAAUCCCCGUGUUGGGGCCAUCCAUUUGAAUCUCGCUCAAUAUGUCGGUGCUGGCGUUGUUACACGACGCUAUUUACUUCGACAGAGCAAAACGAAUGCUACUCUAAAGUUGACUAUUCACUUGGAACACACCGGAGGUGCAACCUCAUACAUCGCGCCACCCCUUCCCAAAGGCGAGAUUCUUAGCGGAGUCACAGGUAUCCUCGACUCGGACACGUACCUUAACCGCCCUCGCACACUUGGGUUGUAUUCCUCUUCUAGUUCCGGAUCGUCGGACUCCUUAUCUUCCGGGGACACUUCGCCUUCCGCUUUACAUCCAGACAAAGACCAGAGUAAAGCACACGGUGCACGGCGGCGACAGAAGAAUCCCAAACGAAAGUUUUUUGACCCGUCGAAGCUCCCGGACGUGCGAGGUCCUCGCGCAACGGAGAAGCUUAUUGAGGCUAUUUUCAAUCCUGCCCCUGUCACCUCCCCGACACAAGUGAACCCGUUUACGUUUCUGAUCGGGGUUUACGACGAGCAGGACGGUGCUUAUGAAGGUGGGGAUCAGGAGUCUCCACGCCCUGGGUGCAAGAGGCAAAUCAGUGAAACAUCUGCGGAUGGGAAUGAGGACUCGUUUUUCUAUUGCGAUACUCCUCCGAAAAAUGAGGUCGACGAGCAGACGCCAGAACAAGGAGCGGAGCACCGAGACUCGGAGAGCGAUUAUCAUAGCGUUCGGUCGCACCGCUCGGGGUCACUGGAUGCCAGCGAUGGCGAGCACCCGUUGAGAAGCAAACAGUCUCUGCGAUCCAUUGGAAGUCGGUUGGGUCUGCGAACAGACCCACGAAACGAAAAUGUUGCUACAGGUGAGAGCAUGGUGGUUAAGAAUAAUGGCCGUGGGGGCGGAGAGGAAAAGAGAAUGUGGUGGCAGAAAGUUCUGCGACCUGCCUGAUGCAUGCUACGGAGUCCCGGACAAGUACUAUUAGUAUAUAUUUUCACGAUAUAUUUUUCUACAUUCUAUUACAUGCGUAACCCUCACUGGUUGCUAUUACAGUAAUACUGAUCAUAGUUGUUAGAGGUUUUUCUUUUGGAUUUUUUGGGAUGCAUUUUUUCUAGCUUUCUAGUUUUCUAAGGCACAUUUUGUAAGCAUGUUCCAGCAAGCUUGUAGCAAGCAUUUUUCAUAUGUUUGAUGUUGACUAG